AUGCGCAUCAUUUCUUCAUCAGUCAUUACUCUUUCCCUUCUUGGAUCUAGCAGCAAUGCCUUUGCUCCAUCCGCCGACGCCGCCAGCAUGUCCUCUCGAACUACCGGUACUGCAGCACUCCAAGCCGUCACGGUAGACGACGUCAAGCUGCUCGAAGAAAAGUAUGCCAAGCAAGACAAGAAGGAUCAAUCCAGCAAGACUGUCACUGUCUACGAAAGUGUCGUUGUUCCGCCAACCCAAAUUGACUUGUCUCAAGUUUCCAAUCUCCUCACACCCGCCGAAGCCUACCAAGCUUUGGUCGCCAAGGGAGAAUACAAUGCCAAUGCCAGUGCUGCCAAGACUGUCUUUUCAGCUGCACUAGGUGGUGCCUAUGUCGGCAUGGGUGCCAUGUUGUCGCUUGCCGUUGCUGGUAACUCUCCCGGUCUUGCGGCUUCCGACCCUGGUCUGUACAAGUUUCUCUUUGGGGCCCUCUUUCCGGUCAAUCUCUUGCUCGCACUCCAAUGCGGUGGACAAUUGUACACUGGAAACACUGCCAACAUGAUGGCUGCUGUCUGCGAGGGAAAGGCCAAUGUUGGUGACUUGGCUCGUUCUUGGUCACUUUCCUGGAUUGGCAACUUUAUUGGUUGCACUGGUUUUGCCAUUGCUUGCAAGUAUGCCGGUGUCUUGGAAGGCGGGGCCGGACAUUUGGCCGCUGCCACCUUGGCCACCAAGACCAGUUACGAAUUGGGUCCACUCUUUGUCAAGGCCAUGUUUUGCAACUGGCUCGUCUGUUUGGCCGUGUACUUGAGUAUGCAAGCGAAAGACAUGACUGGAAAGUACCUUUCCAUUUGGUUGCCAGUCUCCUGCUUUGUCAGCAUUGGCUUUGAACACUCGGUCGCCAACAUGUUCUUGUUGCCCGCUGGACUCAUGAGUACCAAUGAUAUUUCGAUUCAAACAGCACUCUUUCACAACUUGUUGCCAGUGACGGUCGGAAAUGCCGUUUCGGGAUCCCUCUUUGUGGGAGCUGCCAUGUCUUUUAUGUACGGCAAGUUGGGAGAAGAAGAAGAAGAAGAAAAAGUAGCCGAAAAAGAAGAAGGAGUUGUGGCACUGGCAAAGGAGCCAAAUAACCAACAGAUUGUCGUUGAUGAUGGAACCAGAAAACAAAAGAAGGGAAAAGAAUCAUUACCAGCGGCGUCGACAUCCACAUCAUCCUAA